UUUUAUGGUAAAUAUCUAGGGAAGGUUUCACAACCUUCUCAUUGGCUCAGAAGUCAGGGACCCCUUGGUAUAUAAAGCGAGAGUGCCAACCCCCUUCCCGCUGGCGAGUGUUGAGAAUCACACUUCAACUGUCGGGAAAACACAUUUUACGCCUGGAGAGUUUGGAGAGACUGCUGCGAGCGCAUCUCCUCCUCUUUUUUUUUCUUUUUUCAGUUUUUUUUUUUUUUUUAAGGAAGAGUUUAACAGCCAACAGUUCAAGAGGAUGCUUUUCCACUGAGAUGCAACAGAGAAACUGUGAGUUGAGGCGUCUGAGUGGGCAUGUGGUUACUGGAGAAGCUCCGCAGCUCCGUGGAGAGCAGUGGAGCACAUUCCCAGCCCCCACAGACAGUAGAGGCCAUUCCAGUCUCUGUUUAUGCCAAUGUACUCACUCCAGAAAGGAUCCCUGAUUUUUUCAUCCCACCCAAACUUAUUUGCUGCCCACCAGAGGAGUCUCCCAGCCCAGAACUUCAGCACUGCUCCACUCUAAGACCCUCCUCCUCCGACCACGCAAUCUGCAGCAAGAGUCCCAGAGCUCGGAGCAACAAAAACCCCUCCAGCCCUCGCCUUUUUGCCCGCAACCUCCAGAAGUCAGCCAACCGUCACAUUAUCCAGAUAGAGAGUGCUGAUGAGCCAGGUGCUGGGUCUGUGGACAAGGCGGGUGUUGUCAACACCAAUGCUGACCCCCAGUCACAGACUGCAAUGUCCCUGCCAUAUGUCCCCAAGGCUCAAACCUCCUACGGCUUUUCCACACUGGUGGAGUCUCCUCAUACAAGACGCAAGGAGAGUCUGUUCCACAGUGACCCCAGCAGUCCUCUCACAUCUCCAAACUCCCAGAGGCGCUCCCAAGGGGGGACUCUGUUGGCUCCGGCUGACCCCAACCCCUACCGCUAUUUCAGUGGAGGAGAGAGUGACACCUGCUCCUCAGCUGAAUCAUCCCCAUUUAACUCCCCUCUCCUGUCCAGAUCAGCCUCCCUUCUUCGCUCUAUCACCCAGGAGACACAAGCCAAGGUGUCCCGUGCCAAACGCUCCUUGGCACGCCACAGUUCUGUCUCCACUGAUGAUUGCAGCUCAGCAGACAACAGCCCCAACAUGCAGCGGCGCCGCACGCGCUGCCCUCCCUCUCCUGCCUUCCGCGGAAUUAAGACCAGCGGCACAAAAGGCACAGCAUCAGAUCUCCUGCAGCGUGAGCACACUGUCAAUCUCCACAAGGGGGGGACACUGAGGCUAAGCACUCACUACGACCCGGAGGCAGCUCGGCUGAGGGUGCGUGUGCUCAUAGCUGAGGCCCUUUAUGACAGGCAGACGGACCUCAAAAGCAUCAACUGCUGCGUUGCACUCUACCUGAAUCCCGGUAAACAGCAGAAACAAAGGAGCACCAUCAUCAAGAAUAGCAGGAAUCCGGUUUUCAAUGAGGACUUUUUCUUUGACGCACUGCCCCAGGCACAAGUAAAAAGUCUGGCCAUGAAGAUAAAGGUUGUGAACAAAGGAACCAGUCUGAAGAGAGAUGUGCUUCUAGGAGAAAGGGAGGUGCUGCUCAGUGAGCUGCUUGCAGGCCUCUAGAGAGGCCUUGUCAAGACUCAGGUGAAAGCCAGUAGCUCCCACAGCUUAAAGGGCCCCCUUCUUCUCAGCGACCUUUUAAUCCCCCUUCACAAACCUGACACACUGGACAAGAGGACGCAUACUGAUGACAAGGAAGUCGCAUCAUGCACCCUGUGUUUUGCAUGUUAAUGAAUUCCAAGUUUUCUCAAGCCGUUAUUCCUGUUUGUCCACUUUAAUCAAAAGCAAGUCACCAUAUGUGCUUACUAAUAUAUAAGCAAUGUGAACAGUGGAGCUGUGGUCUUUGUUUGUGUAUUUCUGUUGAAGCGUUGAGUUCCAGAUGUUGUAACCCUUUCUGAUGAGCAUUGUGAUAUGGCUGAGCAUCAAAUAAACUGUUUGGCUCUAAAAAAUCUUGUCUAACUUGAAGCUGUAUUUUUGUAAUAAAUAAUAAAUAAUAACUAAAUAAUAACCCAUAUAAGUUGCAUGUAACUGUGAGAAAAUUAAAAUACCUUUGUAAAAAUGAAAUAUUUUAUGUUUAGAAAUGGAUUUUACCUGUCUGUGAAUGUAUUUUAUUAUGACUGAUGUAAUGUAAACUUCUGAACUUGUGAAUAAACAGGACA